AGGUCACAUUCGAGUGUCAAAUUACUACAGCACUAGCCUACCAUUUUGGGGAAGUCUACGAUCCCUGUCGGAGCUCUGCGUCUCCCUCUCCUUGUGUGCCGUCACAACUUGCUCUCCAGCUUUGUCCCAUCGUUGCUUCGUAUCUGUUCUUUUCUUGAAUGAAUGAAGAGGAGAGACAUUUUGUUAUUGCGGUGCAGAGGACAAGAGCUGAAAGGACGGCCUCAUGGUGCAGCCAUAAAAGAUUAUGUUGUGUCCAGGACCAGACCCCAAGGACCUGGGAGGGGAGCUCCUGGAGCUGCCAUCCUGGUCACUCGAACCCCUUCUGCCUCAUUGUCAGCUGAGACCAGGCAAACUCUUUCCCGUGGUUCAAAUGCCUUACCCACACGAACCGGGAGUUCCAGUGAGAAGAGAGCUCGGAAGCUCCAUCGCCACCACCGUCCUGCAUCUCCUGCCAGCAAAGCCUUGUCCAGGACGAACCAAGGAGGCAACACAAGUGAUGGUGUUGUCACGAUUCAGCCUCAUUCUUUCACCAAAGAGAUCAGUGAUGCUGCUCUACGUGGGAGAAACUUGACAUUGGGCAGUGAUGAGGGCUCCUCUAAUGCCCACAACAGUGCCGUUGCAAUGCUUGUCGCACUCCCAAGCCGUUACCACAAAAAUGGCUUUGUCACGAAAAGUGUCUCUGUUCUCCAGAGAGUGUGGUUGACUAUGCAAGUUGCCUAUGCUGUGUCAAGGCACUCUUCUACCAUUGUGCAGAUGGAGAAGGUGAAGAAGGAAUCACAUGUGCUGAUCAGCCCUGUGGAUGUCAGCCAUACAAGCUCAGGAGCAGAGAAGCUGGAUACAGAGAUUGAAGGGAAUCAGAAAGCGGGGAUGUUGAUCAUGCCACACCAGGCCAAGGGCUGGAAGUACCCCAGGCUCCCCCAAUUUGUUUUCUACCCAUUUCAGCCAGAGAGUGAGUGCAGGUGA